UUUUAAUAGCUAACCAUAAAUUCUAGUGCAUUCAAACAAAGGCUUAGAAAAAGAAAACCAUAAAAUACCCUCCGUGGCCUAAGAUACACAAAUCUAAUAAUUUAAUCUAAUUAAACAAUAACAUGGUCGCCUGGUUUGUCCUUUCUUCGACCACUAGACUAGACUUCGAGCUUGACUAACAGAUGCUAAAUUGCUAACUAAAAUAGAUUAACCGUCCAAGAACUGUUCAGAAAUGGCAGCCGCGCACACGGAUUGUCAACAGAAGCAUGCGGCGCAGAAGAUGAGAGAUGACGCAGAGUCUGGUGGGCCCGUCGCGGCCGCUCCGCCUCGAUGCGACCACCACGUCCUGGCGAAGGCCACGAGGCCGCCCGACGCGACACGGCCACCUCAGCUCACCUGUCCUGUCCCUCACCAAUGCCGGGCGUCGUCGCUCUCUACCGGUCCCGGCUCCCUAUAUACUCGAGCCGAGCGAGCGAGGCAAACGAGAUGAGCCUCUGGAUCGCCGGCACAGGCGCGAUGCUCGCCGCCUCCGCCUCGUCCGGUCAGAUGGCCGGCCUCUGCGUCCCGCGCCGCUCACCCACUCCUCCGCUCCUCGCCCGUCGCGGCCGCGGCCGCGGCCGAUUGCUUCCUCGUCGCCCGGCCACGCUACUCCGCCGCGACCUCCGCCCCGCCGCCGCCGCGUCUCCGCCGCCCCAGUCCGCCGGCUCCGCGAUAGAACAUCAAGUACGUAAAAAGUGCUCACCUCUACUGGAGAGUGCUCUGCUGCCUGGUGGAAGUGAUUCGACUCUGCAUGAAUGGAAGGCUGUUCCAGAUAUUUGGAGGACAGCAGCAGAAAAAUAUGCUGACCUCGUAGCUGUGGUAGAUCCUUACCAUGAACCGCCAACGGAAUGGACGUAUACACAGCUUGAGCAAGAAAUAUUGGAUUUUUCUCAAGGUCUAAGGGCCAUUGGUGUUGCUCCGGAUGAAAAGCUAGCACUUUUUGCUGAUAACUCAUGUCGUUGGCUAGUUGCAGAUCAAGGAAUCAUGGCAACCGGUGCUAUAAAUGUUGUUAGGGGAACAAGAUCAUCUGAUGAAGAAUUGUUUCAAAUAUACACUCAUUCAGAAAGCAUUGCACUUGUUGUGGACAGUCCUCAAUUCUUUAACCGGCUUGCAGAGUCUUUCAUGUCAAGGAUUAAUACAAGAUUCAUUGUUCUUCUUUGGGGUGACAAAUCAUGCAUAGAUAGCCAAGCUAUUAAGGAUAUACCACUUUAUGGAUACAAGGAUAUCAUCGAACUUGGUCGAGAAAGCCGCAAUGCACUGUUUCUUUCCGACGAGCAAGGUCAGCAAGAUGUCUUUGAAUCUAUUAGUCCUGAAGAUGUGGCCACACUAAUAUAUACUAGUGGAACAAGUGGCACACCAAAAGGCGUAAUGCUUACCCACCGAAAUCUCUUGCAUCAGAUAAAUAAUCUGUGGGAGAUUGUACCAGCAGAACCUGGUGAUAGGUUCCUAAGCAUGCUUCCAACAUGGCAUGCAUAUGAGCGUGCUUGUGAGUACUUCAUCUUCUCGUAUGGUAUCCAGCAAGUUUACACUACUGUUAAGUACCUGAAGGAAGAUUUGCAGCGUUACCAGCCUCAAUAUAUUAUAUCAGUACCACUGGUCUACGAAACUCUGUACAUUUCAAUUCAUAGGCAGAUUUCAUCCAGUUCUGCUGCUCGAAAAAUUAUUGCUCUUUCACUUAUCAAGAUAAGUUUCCUAUAUAUGGAGGCAAAGAAGAUCUAUGAGGGAACAGUUUUAUCAAACAAUCUUGUCAAACCAUCAGUCAUCGCCUAUAUGAUGAAGUGGCUGUGGGCAAGAUUGGUUGCUGCAUUUCUUUGGCCUUUACAUAAUCUGGCGAAGAUUCUAGUAUACAAGAAAAUUCAUUCAGCAAUCGGGAUUUCAAAGGCUGGUAUUAGUGGCGGUGGAAGUCUUCCGAUGCAUGUUGAUAAGUUUUUUGAGGCCAUUGGCAUUAAAGUACAAAACGGCUAUGGCCUUACUGAGACUUCUCCUGUUGUUGCUGCUAGACGACCAUUCUGUAAUGUUCUUGGGACAGUUGGUCACCCAAUAAAGCAUACUGAAAUCAAGAUUUUUGACAUUGAGACUGGUGAGGUCCUUCCAGAUGGUUCAAAGGGGAUUGUGAAAAUUAAAGGACCACAAGUAAUGAAGGGAUACUAUAAGAACCCAUCGGCUACAAAUGAAGCUUUUGAUCAAGAGGGUUGGUUCAGCACUGGAGAUGUAGGUUGGAUAGUACCUCAUCAUGCCAUGGGGCCAAGUCGCCAGUGUGGAGGGAUGAUUGUUCUUGAAGGGCGUGCAAAGGAUACAAUAGUCCUAUCUACAGGUGAAAAUGUUGAACCUGCUGAGAUCGAGGAAGCAGCCAGCAGGAGUACCUUGAUUAAUCAGAUAGUUGUGAUCGGGCAGGAUCAACGGCGUCUUGGUGCCAUAAUUGUUCCCAACAAUGAUGAAGUUCUGGCAGAAGCAAAAAGGAAGUCCAUCCUUGGUGAGGAUGGCGAGCUAGCGAAAGAUAAGGUCAUGAACAUGCUAUAUGAUGAAUUGAGAACCUGGACAGCGCACUGCUCCUUCCGUGUCGGGCCAAUUCUGGUUGUCGACGAACCAUUCACGAUUGACAAUGGUCUGAUGACACCCACCAUGAAAAUAAGGAGGGACAAAGUGACAGACAAGUACAGGAGGGAGAUCGAAGCCUUGUUCAAGUGACACGCGGAGCGCGUGCGCACCCAUCAGAGUUCCCUUUUCCGAGUACAAGACGGCAACCGUACGGCGUACAUACAGACACCUGCAAGCUGCAAUGCGUCCAUGUACCAUGUAUACGUACGUACUUGCGUACGGUCGGAAGAUGACUGGGUUGGAACUGGAAGAGAUGAUAUGGCGGAGCGGCCGGUGGGAGAACACCAUGAGACUUGUUACUAGACUCGAAUGUUCGUAGGUUGCAUGAGCAAAAUGACAUGUGUUCCACAAUUGCAUCAUUCAAUAAGCGAUUCACUGAGCCAGAUAAGGUCUUGUUCGGUUAGUUCUCAAUCCAUAUAUAUGGAUUGAGUGAGUUUAAAUCCCAAACAAGUCAAACUUCUUCUUAAUUUUUUUCAAUCUCAUCCAAUCCAUAUGUAAUGACAAUAACCGAACAAGGCAUGAAUCAAUAAAAUUCUCCCAAACCA